AUCCCCAUCCUCGUUCCUUCCGACUUUCAUUUCAGAAAUACCAGAGUAGAAGCAUUUUCAUAACUUCUUAUUUUUUAUUAUUUCGUUCUUUAAUUUUUAGAGUAUCUAACCACGCCCAAGAUUCAAUUCUCUUAUCAUGGAUCAGCUCAAACUAUCACUUCAAUUUUUACUAACACUUCAUCUAUUAGCAUCAGGUGCAGUAUCAACCACAACCUUCACCGUGGUUAACAAAUGCGACUAUUCAGUGUGGCCAGGCAUUCUCUCAAACGCAGGAAUCGCGGCGCUUCCAACAACCGGUUUCCUUCUACAAACCGGAGAGGCCAAAACCAUCACCGCUCCAACCUCUUGGGGUGGCCGUUUAUGGGGCCGCACUCUCUGCACGCAAGACUCCGCUGGAAAAUUCUCCUGCCUCACGGGCGAUUGUGGCUCCGGCACGAUCGAAUGUGCGGGCAACGGUGCCUCGCCGCCAGCGACCUUGGCCGAGUUCACACUCAACGGUGACAGAGGUCUUGAUUUCUUCGACGUGAGCCUAGUGGACGGUUACAACGUUCCGAUGCUGGUGACUCCUCGUGGUGGCUCCGGUGAUAACUGCACCAGCACGGGGUGCGUUGGGGACCUCAACGGCACGUGCCCUUCGGAGCUUAGGGUUACAAGCGUGGAUGGAAAACAGAGCAUGGCGUGUAGGAGUGCGUGUCAGGCGUUCGGGUCCCCGCAGUAUUGCUGCAAAGGCGUGUAUGGGUCUCCCAACACUUGCAAGCCUACGGCAUAUUCGCAGAUUUUCAAGAGCGCUUGCCCACGCGCGUACAGCUACGCGUAUGAUGACAAGACCAGCACUUUUACAUGUGCACCCUCUGCGGAUUACACCAUCACUUUCUGCCCUUCCCCUAAUGAUAACCCCAGUCAGAAAUCGUGGCAGGGGCAAAACCCGAGAUCAGAUAGCAGUGGUUCUUCUUCUGGGUCGCCGCAACUUAACAAUGGCACAAUGGUGUAUGUAGGAGGUGCCAUGGAUCAAAGUGAAUUAUCAUGGUCAGCAGGUACACAUGUGAAGGAAUCUCAAGCCAUUGCUGGUUUUGUCAGUAUCACCAUUGCUCUUUGGCUCUUGUGCCACUUAUAGUAACUACUUCCUCCUUCACCAUUUUUCUAAACAUUACACUUUUCUAAACAUUACACCCAUCAUCAACCCAUGUUUUUAUGCCUAGAAAAGUGUUGGGAUCCUAUCCAUCACUUGUCUGGUUUACUAUGUCCUCGUGGCCCACGUGAGUUCAGCAGGGUCCACAAGCACCAACCAUGAUCACAACUCACAAGCAUGCGGGUCAUUUUAAAUACCUCCAUUGAUGGAACUCCACCACCUUACAAGUUACAACUGUUUUGUUUUCUUGUGCCGAAAAGAAGAAUCCGAUGUUGUAGCUAUGGUUAUUGUUGGUAAAUGGUGAAGAUAGAUAAAUAGGGAGUGGGACAUUUCAUUUAUCUUUUUCCUUUGUAGCUUUCUUGUUUAGUUUAAUAGGUAUAUAUACUGCAUAAUUCUUUGCGUUCUGGGCUAUGCAUUCAUUUACAGUUCUACUUUCACUAUGCUACUAGCGUCACAAAAUUAAUUGCUGAUGUUUUCUGAACUUUCACUUCUCAA